AUGUCAGUGUCACUGCAAGGACAUCCACAAGCUGCAUCGUCACCAGGAGCUACACGUUCUCUGACAGAGUCGGCCACACAUGAAACCGCCUUGGAGGAGUUUGAAAGGUCUGACGGAAGACCAGCAUUUGUGUUGACGUUCACCGAAGUCAAAUUGCUGGGAAUUGCUGGAGUCGGUUUCUUCUUAGACGCUUACGACUUGUUUAUCAUCAACCCUGUUUCUACCAUGCUUCAAUACCGAUUGUAUGGGGGUAAAAGUCUGCCUCCUAACCUCGAAGGGUUCGUCAAAGCAGGUGCAAAUAUUGGCAGCGUGAUUGGUCAAUUCGCUUUCGGAUACGCCGCGGACUCCCUCGGUCGAAAAGCAGUUUAUGGGAAAGAACUCAUGCUCAUCAUCCUCGCCACGAUUCUAACGCUCACAACCCCCACCGGAUCUCUCUCCCCAGAGCAUUGCCUCAUCUACCUUGGGAUGUUCCGUAUCCUUCUCGGGGUGGGCGUCGGAGGGGAUUACCCUAUGUCUGCAUCUAUCACCUCCGACCGAUCCAACCUUCGCAAAAGGGGCACCAUGCUCGCGUACAUAUUUUCAAACCAAGGCUGGGGGAGCUUGGUUGGGAGUUUAGCUACUUUGAUCGUUUUAGCCAUUUAUCGGCCCGCCAUUGAAGAAAGAAAUGAGCUUUCGAAGAUCGAUGGAGUCUGGCGCAUCGUUGUGGGAAUCUCGCUCAUUCCCGCAUUCGGGACGCUCUAUCAACGUCUUACUCUCCCAGAGUCUACGCGCUUUAUCUCCGCGCAGAAGCUGAAGCUCGCAGGGCAACACACCGAAGCGCAGCCCCGUGAUAUCGCAGAAUUCGAGAAGGAGAAAGCCGAUGCUGAUGAAAAACCCUCAAAAAAUGGAAGCGCAGAGAUCGUGGCGGAGACGAACGAGUCCAUGGACGACAAAGAUUUGCCGCUGAAAGUCUUAAUCAAAAAGAAAGCUCACUUCAAAGAAUUCUUAAUUUACUUCUCUGAAUGGAAACACGCAAAACUCCUCAUUAGCACUUGCAUGUGCUGGUUCCUGCUGGACAUCGCAUUUUAUGGCAUCAACUUGAACCAGAACGUCGUCUUAGCACAAAUCGGCUUUGAUGGGAAGUCGGGCACGGAAUGGAACCGACUCUUCAAGAUCUCCACAGGUAAUAUGAUUAUUACUGUUCUCGGAUUUGUACCUGGUUAUUAUGCUUCAAUCUUUACUAUCGAAAUUUUGGGACGAAAGUGGAUCCAAAUCCAGGGAUUCUUAAUGGCCGCCCUUUUCCUGGGCAUUCUGGCUGGCAAAUUUCACGAACUGAGUAGGGGUGCCUUUAUCGUUUGUUUUGCGUUCCUGCAAUUCUUCUUCAACUUUGGAGCAAACACCACGACUUAUUGCUAUCCAGCAGAAGUAUUCCCAACCCGAUUCCGCGCCACAGCGCACGGUAUAUCAGCGGCGUCAGGCAAAGCGGGCGCCAUUAUAUCUGCGCUUGUCUUCAACACACUUUCGAAAAAAAUUGGAACGCCAGCUGUUCUUUGGAUUUUCUUUGGAUGCUGUAUCACAGGCGCAUUUUUCACCCUUCUACUUCCCGAAGUCAAGGGACGUGACCCUGAUGCGCUCCUCGCCGCUGAGAUCGAGGCGAAACGUGAAGCUUCUGUUGGAAUCUGA